UUUGUUCUUUGAAAGCCACAAUGACGUUGGAUGUUAUCCAAUCUUCUUCCCAAUCUUGGUGGUUAAUGAGCCAUGUCUGCUUCCCAAUCUUCUUUUUCUUGUUGCAAUAGUUUGGGACACCGAAGUUAUCAUUGUUCACAUGGUGGUGGUUCAAUGGGGCUAGGGAUAAUCCCCAUUUGCAAUUGUGGUGAGAUGACAGUAGUAAAAAUGGCUAGAACUUCAAAGAAUGCGGGAAUAUAUUUUUGGGGUUGUCGUAACUACAAGAGUGGAGCUAGUAAUGUGAUGUGUUGCAACUAUUUCAAGUGGUGCAAUGAAGAAAAUGUUGAUGAAAGGGAUGUUAUUAUUGGGAGGCAAAGGAGAAAGAUUUAUGAUCUGGAAAACACAGUCAAAGCUUUGAAGAAAAGGAUCCAAUUAUUAGUAGCAGUGGUUGGUAUUGUUAGAACAUAGCUAUGUUCUGUGUGUUUUUAGGAUGAUAUGUUGUGUGUAUUUUGGUUCAACUGAUGUUAUGUUUUAGGUGGUCCCAAUCUGGUUGAAUGUAGUGUUUUUAGGUCAAUGGAGUUGAACUGUUGUGAUGUUAAGGUUGUGCCUAUGUCUUUUGUAAUGAA